CUUUUUGGAGACACUGAGUUGAAGCUUUCAUAAGAUCCAAGAUGGACAACAAAGCCUAUUUGGUUCAGGUGAACGGUAAUGGAGUUCACGGCAAAACUGUGGUCCAACCAAAACCCCUGAAUGGGACAGGGGUCACUGGGAAGGGGAUGCACCACGUCAAUGUCAACGGCAGCUUGUAUCCGGCCAAGACCAAGAGCCGCAGGCAGAGGUGGGAGGUGAAGGCUUCGGAGAUGGCCAACAACACGCUCAACCCCAUCAGGGCCAUCGUGGACGGGAUGAAACUCAGCCCAAAUCCUGACAAACCCAUGAUCGCACUUUCCAUAGGUGAUCCCACGGUGUUUGGAAACCUGCCUACAGAUGAUGCUGUUCUUCAGGCCAUGAAAGAUGCCAUAGACUCCCAAAAAUACAACGGCUACGCUCCUUCUGUGGGUUACUUAAAGAGUCGACAAGUGGUGGCCAACUUUUACAGCUGCCCUGAAGCUCCACUGGAGGCAGAGGACGUGAUUUUGACCAGCGGCUGCAGUCAGGCCAUCGAACUGGCUAUCAGUGUCUUGUGCAACCCUGGAGACAACAUUCUGGUUCCCUGCCCAGGCUUCUCUUUAUAUAAAACUCUGGCUGUUUCCACAGGCAUCGAGGUCAAAUUAUACAACUUAUUGCCGGAGAAGUCGUGGGAGAUCGACCUGCAGCACAUGGAGAGCCUCAUCGAUGAGAGGACAUCCUGUCUGAUUAUCACUAACCCGUCCAACCCGUGCGGGUCCGUCUUCAGCCGGGAACACCUGCAGAAGAUCCUCAAAGUGGCUUCCAAACACUGUGUUCCCAUCCUGGCAGAUGAAAUCUACAGUGACAUGGUAUUCCCAGGAUGCAACAGUCCUUCCUUGGCAUCCCUCAGCAGUGACGUCCCCGUCCUUUCCUGCGGUGGCCUGGCCAAACGCUGGCUGGUUCCUGGAUGGAGGAUGGGAUGGAUCCUCAUCCAUGACAGGAAUGACAUAUUUGGAUCUGAGAUCCGACAAGGUUUGGUGAAACUGAGUCAGCGUAUUCUGGGAGCCUGCACCGUCGUCCAGGGAGCGCUGGAGAGCAUCCUGAAUAAUACGCCUCAGAGCUUUUACAGCAACACCAUCAGCUUCCUGAAGUCAAACUCAGAGAUUUGUUUCAACAAGCUGUCCACUGUCCCUGGCUUAAACCCCGUGAUGCCUUCAGGAGCCAUGUACCUCAUGGUAGGGAUUGAAAUGAGCCACUUUCCGGACUUUAAAAACGAUGUGGACUUCACUGAACGGCUGGUGACCGAACAGUCGGUCUUCUGCCUGCCUGCUACAGCGUUUGAGUACCCCAACUUCUUCCGCAUCGUGGUGACGGUUCCGGAGGACAUGAUGGUGGAGGCCUGCGCUCGGAUCAGGGAGUUCUGCCAGUGUUACUACCGGCCUCUCGGCUGCGACAGCCACAAUCUGGACCAGUGAUGCAGCCGAGCCGAAGCAGUGAGACGAGCAGCAUCCACUCACAAAUAUCACCCUUGAAAUCUCACCACGUUAUGAACGAAACAUUUAGAAAU